AGGAGUGACCCAACGUGUCCCGGCUGGACUGAGGGAGAUGGGGUGUGGGGACCAGAGCAGCAGUGACAGCAGAUCAGGAGGAGACUCGGCAGUGGGACGGAAGAGACCUCUGAAGAAACUCCCUGUCAAGAACGACUCACUGGCCUCCUUCAUCCACAGAUCACUUUACUCGUGUUCCUCUCUGUUCCCAAAGACCUACUUCAAAGCACCUACCAGUGCAGAGUUUGAAGGGCUGUACUGGGAGGAACAAAAGGCACACAAACAACAGAGAAAAGCCGACACCAAGAAACUGAGAGCUCUCCUGAGUGAUGACUCGGUGGCAGAGAUGGAGGAACACGACCUGGACACCUACCAUCCUGUGGGACAAGAUGAUGUAAGUGAUGAGGAGGAGGAGGGGGGAGAGGGGCUGCACCUCCUCCUGCUGACGAGGAACAGUUCCACGCUGCUUUUGAGCUCUGGAGGAAGGUAG